CUCCGGAUACGGUCGUGGUUACGGGGAACUUUGUAGACAAUAGACUUUCCUUCGCACGGAGUCUCCUGUAUCCCACACGCAUCGGCUCUGCAUGCUCGACGGCCCUGUGCCGUCAGCUACGAUCUCUCCUUCUCCUUCUCCUUCUCCUCACUCCUCCUCCCCUCCUUUCCCUCCUUCUCUUUCCUUCACACCCUCUCCGCCUGUCACCUCACUCGGCCAGGCUGCACGCACACACCCCCCGCCUCCGCCCCCGCCGCUGUCUGUUGUUUCUGCUUUUUCGAACCCAGACGAUCCCUCCGGCGGAGCAUACGGAAAAAGAUUGCCCAUCCAUAAUCCAUCCAUCCACGCGGUCUCCACUUUCCCCAUAAGACGAACUGGGUCCGCCCUUUUUACUAUCUGUUUGCUGGAAACUUGGAGUGUUCUGGAUCCCCAAAAAUCCGCCCAUUCCAUACUACUACCACUACUAUUACAUACACCGAAGCUAUACAUAGCUGUUAGCAGACCGAAAGGAGCACCGUCCAAUUUUCGGAUUGCGCUGGUCUGCCCCCAUCGGAAUCUCGCUGUCUGAGCCAAUACGGAAGGCAUCUAAACGACCCAGUCCAAUUCGCCGGGAAACUCACUCGGGUGGAUCCUCCCCCCCUCCCCGAUCCCUGAGACAAUAAGUCCAACCCACCAACCCGUUCCCAUUCCCUUUUCCCUUUUCCAUGUGCUUUCCCCCGUUCUUACCUGCCUGAGCUCCUGCAUUCCCCACCACAAUCACACAAGCGAGGAAAAAAAACAACAAUCGAAAAGCAAUGGAUUCUACACAUCGACGUCCGCCAAACACCUCGACGGCUGUGAGGAUCUAUGCUCGAGUGGCUCUAUUUGCACGACAGAGCAAGAACAUCUUCGGCGCGAGGAUAAAAAAGGAGCAGUGCUCGACAGCCAGAAGCAGGUU